AUGAUGGGGGUCCUGCCUGGACAUAAAGAAGUAAGAAGUUGGGAAAGGAAAGGCACGUUCGGAGCAGAGGCUGCUGUUACUUCGCCCGUGCCCCCUCCUGGACCUGCCAUCCUUGCGCCAGACUGGCUUGGCCCUGCCAUAAGUGGGUUCCUCUCCUGCUCUUUCCAAUUCUGCUCUCAUCUACUAGCCCUGCCUGUCAGCCCCUGCCUCAAAUGCAAGGCACAACUGGGAGCCCCGGCACCAUUUCCUAUCUCGCCUUUCACUGCGGUUCCCUGGGGGUCUGAGCCUGCGCUGCCCCACACCCACUUCAACCAAUGUCCACCUCUUCCCCCUGUCCGCGUACCACUUCGUGGUGGCCACAGCCCCUUCCUGCUACUGGCACUUUUCUCCGUCCGAGCACUGGCCCAGACGGGCGGGUGUGUGUGGCCCCGUCAACUCCAGGAUCUAUUGCCUCUCUCCGGUGCCGACUACGAUCUCGCACCCCUGCUGCGCCCCCUGCCUGGAACUGGACCCUCUGUGACUGUUGCGGACCUCUGGCUCGCCCCCUCCGGCCUCCCCUGCACACCCUUGUUUCUACUGCACCUGCUUUCCCUGCACUUGUGCGGGAUCAGCCCUCCCUGGUGCCCUGAUCCGGCCACCUCUGCCGGCCCCAACACCGCUUAUCUGGACACCCUGUCGGGGACCUCGCCUGGCUUCUGCCCUUGUGCUCCCUGCCUCCCGUCCCCACCCGCCUGUCUCCCCUCUGCUGCGACCCUCCCCACGCUUACUCCCUUCUGCCUUGUAGUACGCUUGUACCGCCUCCUGCGGCUCCCCGCUGCCCCGUGCCCUUUCUGGGACCGCCCCUGCUACCACUCUUCCCUGCCGUCCGCCGCUCUGCCCGCUGGUCCCCACCCCACUCCCCCCCUGCGUGCCUCUGGUCCGGGGGCCCCCCAAUCCCCGUUCGGCCUUCGUGACGGCUCAACCUGGGGGACUCGCUCCCAUACUGUCUUUUCGUGA